UGCCAUACAGGAGGGUCAAUAUCUAAUGUUGAGCAUGGGAAGAAGCUUGAUAAGAUGUUGACCUUGAAACAACAUGCAAUUUCUACAGAAUCUGCAUCAACAAACUCAGGACCUUCUCCAAUAGAUGAAUUGGCCCUUUAUAUUGAAGCUGUUGAUGGAGAGAAGAAAAGAAGAGUCUAUGGUCUUGGUUCUCAAGCAUCUUCCUAUUAUGGAUGCUCUAAUUCAAAUGUCAAUAACUCAACUGCAACAUCUACUAUGCAAAAUAAUGAAGAUUUACAAAAUGAGUUAGAAUCUGUCCGUAAUCAACUACAAAUCCAAGAAGAGCGGCAUCAACAAGAGCGUCAAGAAACUAAACAAGAGCUUCAACAAACUCGACAAGAGGUGGCUGAAAUGAGGAGGAUGUUACAAUUACUUAUAUUUCAAAAUCAAGCACCUUCUCAAAUAAAUCAAUCAGGUCAUGAUGAAGAUGUCGAUCCUACUCCACCAACUUAGUAGUUAAUGUUCUUAUCUUGUGACAUAGUUCUCCUAUUUGUUGCUUGCUUGUGAUACUUUUGAGUUUUAGUAUUUGCCACUUAUAUUAGCUAUAUGU